AUGUUGGGCUGGGUCCAGAAGGUGCUGCCGCAGCCCCCAGGAACUCCCCAGAAAGCCAAGUUGGAGGAGGAGGAAGUAACAGAACCGCAGCUAGAGCCGCAGCAAGAGCCGCAGCCGGAGCUAGAGGUACACCCAGAGCCGCAGCCACAACCUGAGCCUGAAGGAGCUCCUAAGGAGGCAGCACCAGAGGAUGAGGCCCUGCCUCACGAAGAGACAGCUGAUGUGGAGGGAGUGGCUGAGGCCGAUCCAAGCCUUCAGGCUCUCCAGACACAGGUCACUGUGAUUCCCAGCGAGAACAGUCCCAGCGGCUGGGUGCUGACCUGGCUCUGGAAGGGCAUGGAGAAGAUCGUGCCACAGCCCGUCUAUAGUAGCAGGGCAGCUGUUGCUGGAGCAGAGGACACAGCUCAGGCUGGAGAACACAUCCCGGGGACCUGUGAGGCUGGAGACACAGCUGGGGCCCUUGGGGACCAGGAUGCUGGGCCCAGUCCAUGGCUGAUCAGGUGGCUGGAGCAGAAUCUGGAGAAAGUGCUGCCUCAGCCCCCCAAACCCACAGAGGCCUGGAAAGCUGAGCCUGAGGAUGCUGUCUUGGCCCCAGAGCCCCCAGAACCAGCGCCGGAGAUGGAGCGCACCGAGAGCCCCUCCCUGCCCAACCCAGGUCCCCUGGAGCCCCAGGAGGAGCCGGGUCCAGAGCCCCAGCUUGGCUUUCAGGCCUCCUCCCUGCCACCACCCGGAGACCCUGCCAAGCUGAUAGCAUGGCUCCUGCGCAGGCUGGAGAUGGCCCUUCCGCAGCCGGUGCUCCACGGGAAGGCUGGGGAGCAGCAGCCCGGCUCCUUAGAGACAUGUGAUGUGCAGACCAUCAGCAUCCUCCCCAGGGAGCAAGUGGAGCACGACCUAGUCCUGGAAGAGGUUGAUUCACACUGGGAGGACAGCCAGCAGGGCAGCCCUGUUCCAGCUUUGGAAGAGGAGACUGAAGUUCUGGUGGAGAUGCCCAGGGAGCUGCCCUGGAUUCAGGAGGAGAAGGAAGAGGAAGAGGAAGGAGAGGAGGAGGAAGAGGAGGAAGAAGAGGAGUUGGUAGUCCUGCUGGAUAGCUGCUUGCUGGUACCGGCGAGUGUGGACCAGAGUGCAGUAGACGGGACGCAGCCUCAGACAGCAUCACUGCAGGAGCUGCAGGAGGAGGCCCAGGCCAGCGGCUCAGCAGUGCCGGCCACGAAUGAGCACCCAGAGGUCCAGGUGGAAGACACUGAUGCCGACAGCCACCCCCUCAUCGUCGAGGAGAAUCCCCUCUCCCCUGCACAGCUGCCACCUUCGCCUGCCAAGUCUGACACCCUCACGGUCCCCGGAUCAGCCGCUGGGACCCACAGGAGGAAGCUGCCCUCUCCGGAUGACGAGGAUGAAGAAGAGCUCAAGGCACUGUCCCCAGUGGUUGCCUGGUCGGACCCCACCACCCCACAGGAGGCGGAUGGCCAGGACCGUGCAGCCUCCUCGGCCAGCCAGAACAGCGCCAUCAUCAACGACCGGCUGCAGGAGCUGGUGAAGCUCUUCAAGGAGCGGACGGAGAAGGUGAAGGAGAAGCUCAUCGAUCCCGAUGUCACCUCGGAUGAGGAGAGUCCCAAGCCCUCCCCAGCCAAGAAAGCCCCUGAGCCAGCCACCACAGCAAAGCCCACCGAGCCAGAACAGGCCGAGGAGGAGCACUACUGUGACAUGCUGUGCUGCAAGUUCAAGCGCAGACCAUGGAAGAAGUACCAGUUCCCCGAGAGCAUCGACCCGCUGACCAACCUGAUGUACAUCCUGUGGCUGUUCUUCGUGGUGCUGGCCUGGAACUGGAACUGCUGGCUGAUCCCAGUGCGCUGGGCCUUCCCCUACCAGACGCCGGACAACAUCCACCUGUGGCUGCUGAUGGACUAUCUGUGCGACCUCAUCUACCUCCUGGACAUCACAGUCUUCCAGAUGCGCCUGCAGUUCGUCAGAGGCGGGGACAUCAUUACCGACAAGAAGGAAAUGCGCAAUAACUACCGGAAGUCUCGUCGAUUUAGGAUGGACCUGUUGUCCCUGCUACCCUUGGAUUUCCUGUACUUGAAGUUUGGCGUGAACCCCCUCCUUCGCCUGCCCCGCUGUUUGAAGUACAUGGCCUUCUUUGAGUUUAACAACCGUCUGGAAGCCAUCCUUAGCAAAGCCUACGUUUACAGGGUCAUCAGAACCACCGCCUACUUGCUGUACAGCUUGCACCUGAACUCCUGUCUUUACUACUGGGCGUCAGCCUACCAGGGCAUAGGCUCCACUCACUGGGUGUAUGAUGGCGUGGGAAACAGUUACAUUCGCUGCUACUACUGGGCCGUGAAGACCCUCAUCACCAUCGGGGGGCUGCCUGACCCCCAGACGCUCUUUGAAAUUGUCUUCCAGCUGCUGAACUAUUUCACUGGUGUCUUUGCUUUCUCUGUGAUGAUUGGACAGAUGAGAGAUGUGGUGGGCGCCGCCACGGCUGGCCAGACCUACUAUCGCAGUUGCAUGGACAGCACCGUGAAGUACAUGCACUUCUACAAGAUCCCCAAGUCGGUGCAGAACCGUGUCAAGACCUGGUACGAGUACACCUGGCACUCCCAAGGCAUGCUGGAUGAGUCAGAGCUAAUGGUGCAGCUUCCGGACAAGAUGCGGCUGGACCUGGCCAUUGAUGUGAACUAUGACAUCGUCAGCAAAGUGGCGCUCUUUCAGGGCUGUGACCGGCAGAUGAUCUUCGACAUGCUCAAGAGACUUCGCUCAGUGGUCUACCUGCCCAACGACUACGUGUGCAAGAAGGGGGAGAUCGGCCGGGAGAUGUACAUCAUCCAGGCUGGGCAGGUGCAGGUGCUGGGCGGCCCGGAUGGGAAGGCUGUGCUGGUGACCCUCAAAGCUGGAUCUGUGUUUGGAGAGAUAAGCUUGCUGGCUGUUGGGGGCGGGAACCGGCGCACAGCCAACGUGGUGGCUCACGGCUUCACCAACCUCUUCAUCCUGGACAAGAAGGACUUGAACGAAAUUUUAGUCCAUUAUCCUGAAUCUCAAAAGUUACUCCGGAAGAAGGCCAGGCGUAUGCUGAGAAGUAACAACAAGCCCAAAGAGCAGAAGAGUGUGCUCAUCCUCCCCCCACGUGCGGGUACCCCCAAGCUCUUCAACGCAGCCCUGGCUGCCGCGGGAAAGAUGGGGGCCAAGGGAGCCAAAGGUGGCGGCAAGCUCGCUCACCUCCGGGCGCGGCUCAAGGAGCUGGCGGCGCUGGAGGCUGCAGCAAGACAACAGCAGUUGCUGGAGCAGGCCAAGAGCGCGCAAGAAGCCACUGGAGAGGGAGAGGCAGGCUCGGCACCUGCAGAUCAGCCAGCUGCCCCGGAACCCCAGGAGCCCCGGGAGCCCGUAGCCCCUCGCUCUCCACCCCCACCAGCAUCCAAGCCUGAAGGAGGCAAGGAAGAGGCAGCGGGCCCCUCGGAGCUGUCGGUGGAGAUAGCGGAGGAGAAGAAGGAGGAGGCAGAGUGA